CUCUUUUUUACUUAUUAUGAGUUUUAUUCGACUUGCUACGCGUUUCAUAGGUACAACAAAACGUGUACAAUCCACACGUCACAUUCAUACCUCGACUAUUCUUUCUGGAGAAUGGAAACACGCUUUAUCCUCCCCUUAUUAUAACACGGGUACAUCCAUGCCAAGAGAACUACGUAAACAACUGGGUAUCCAUGGUCAAAUCCCUAGUGUAGUAGAAAGUCUCGAGAUGCAAUCGAAACGCGCCUUGAAACUUUUACGUGCUAAACUCUCACCCUUUGAAAAAUACCUGUUUAUGGCGCAGCUACGUAACAAUAAUACCAAACUCUUUUACAGCCUUGUCAACAACCAUAUCGAGGAAUUUGCUCCGAUUAUCUAUACACCCACGGUAGGAGAAGCGUGUUUAAAUUAUUCGGCCAUUUACCCUUUUCUGAAUUCACCGGCGGGGACACCCGAUGGACUCUAUAUCACUUUAGAUGAUCUUGAUGAUUUAGAUAAAAUAAUCAGUGAUUAUCUUGAACGUACGGAGGGAGAAAUACCGGAUAUUACGGUGAUGACAGAUGGUUCGCGUAUAUUGGGAUUGGGAGAUCUUGGGAUGAACGGGAUGCCAAUUAGUAUGGGUAAAUUACAGCUGUAUGUUGCUGGAGCAGGUAUUGAUCCACGUCGUACGCUACCCAUUGUCCUUGACUUUGGUACGAACUCGCACGAUAAUCAAGCGGAUGAAUUUUAUUUGGGGAGUCGACAAAAGCGACCCAGUGACGAUGUAUUUUAUGCAGCCAUGAAAAAAGUCUUGACGGCAUUGACAAGAGCGUUUCCCAACAUGGUGGUUCAAUUUGAAGAUUUCUCCAGUGCCCAUGCCUUUGGUUUAUUAAAAGAGUACAAGGAAAAAAUAACUUGUUUCAAUGAUGAUAUUCAAGGAACGGGUGCAGUGAUUCUUGCUGGUCUCAUUAACGCAUUUCGACAAGUGGAGAUACCAUUAGAUCAACAUCGCAUUGUGUUUUAUGGUGCUGGAUCUGCCGCUGUAGGUGUAGCAAGACAAAUUGGAGAGUAUUUACAGAUUGAACAUGGGUUAUCGGAAAAGGAAUCCAAGGACAUGUUUUAUUUUAUUGAUUCAAAGGGUUUAAUUACCUGUGAUCGAGGAGAUGAGGAUUUGGCUCAACAUAAAGUGUAUUAUGCUAGAACGGAUAAUAAAGGACAACAAUUUAAAUCCUUGCAAGAGAUCAUCAAUCAUGUUAAACCAACCACAUUAAUUGGUUUAUCAUCCAGAAAGAACGCGUUUGAUAAAGAGGCAUUGACACGUAUGAGUGAAUUGAAUGAACAACCCAUUGUUUUCCCCUUAUCCAAUCCAAGCAGUAAAGCAGAAUGUACCUUUGAAGAAGCCAUGCAAGCGACCAAGAAUAAGGUAGUGUUUGCCUCAGGUACUGCUUUCCCUCCUUAUACGAUUCCGGGUACAAAUGAAAUACGUACGCCUGGACAGGGAAACAACAUGUACAUCUUUCCUGGUAUUGGCUUUGGAGCGAUUCUGGCAAAACCCAAGACGAUCACAAACCGUAUUGUGUUGCGUGCUGCAAUGGCGUUGGCAGAUACGUUGACACCACAGGAAAGAGAACGUGGGUUGUUGUAUCCUGAAUUAAAUCGUAUUCGAGAAGUAUCAGCUACGAUUGCAUCAGCAGUGGUAGAUCAGUCUGUGCGAGAUGGUUUGGCGGAUGAUGAAAUGAAGGCAGUGCACCCAGAUGAUUAUGAUGCCUUUGUGCAAGCUCGAAUGUGGUCACCUGAAAUUGAAAAUUAAAAAAAAAAAUAAAAAAGUUGAGGUUGUCACACAAA